AUGGAGAAAAAGAGCAAAGAAAAAAAAACAUACAACACCGGGGAUUCCCCAGUCGUCACCGACCUGAGUACUAGUCCGGCGGUCAGUAGCUUAUCGCGGGGAGAGCGGACGGGAUCCCGAGUUCUCUACUGCCUAUGGCCGUAUGUGCUUAGCACUGCUGCUAGUUGGAAUUGA